ACUAAAAUAAUAAAGUGUUUUCUUUUAGGGUUUUUGUUUUUAGGGUUUUUGGUGACGAGAACAUUUUCAUCGACGCGAAGUUCCGGCGAUGAAAAGUGUUUCGAUUUCUCUAAUCCGUCGCUUCCGAUACCAAUUGAGACCAAUCCCACCUCUAAUCAGACUCAAUUACAUUUCUGAUGCUUGUUCUUCUUCUUCGUCCUCUUCUCUGUUCUCCCCAACACGAGAAAUCUCCACUUUCUGCAGAACCAAUGGCCUGAUCAAGAGUCAGUUCUGGGUCAAUCCAUGUCGGAAUUUGAAUACUCAUGUCGAGGAACCUCCGGAGAUUUCGCCAAGUGACAAGGAGAAGAUCGAUCUCGAAGAGGCGUUCGAGUCGGCGAACACCACUGAUGAAAUGGUCCGUUUGUUCAAGCAAAUGGAGUUGUCUUUCGAAGGGAACGAGUUAGGUUUGUCUGCUCUUAAACUAGGGCUCCAUCUCGAUCGCGAAGGUGAGGAUCCUGAAAAGGUUCUGUCUUACGCUGAUAAAGCUCUUAAAUCUUUCGAUGGAGAUGGGAACAAACCUAAUCUGCUUGUUGCUAUGGCGUUGCAAUUAAUGGGUUCUGCUAAUUACGGAUUGAAACGUUUUAGUGAUAGCUUAGGUUACUUGAACAGAGCUAAUCGGAUUCUGGUUAAGUUAGAGGCAGAUGAAGAUAAUGUUUUGGAAGAUGUUAGGCCAGUUUUACAUGCCGUGCAACUCGAGCUUGCUAAUGUUAAGAAUGCUAUGGGAAGGCGAGAGGAAGCUAUUGAGAAUUUGAAGAAGAGCUUGGAGAUAAAGGAGAUGACUUUUGAUGAAGAUAGUAAAGAGAUGGGUGUGGCCAAUAGGAGUCUGGCUGAUGCUUAUGUUGCGGUUUUGAAUUUCAACGAGGCUUUGCCUUAUGCGUUGAAAGCGUUGGAGAUACAUAAGAAGGAAUUGGGGAAUAAUUCAGCUGAGGUUGCACAGGAUCGAAGGCUACUUGGUGUGAUUUAUAGCGGUUUAGAGCAACAUGAAAAGGCCUUGGAGCAGAACCGAUUGUCUCAGAGGGUUUUAAAGAAUUGGGGGAUGAAAUUGGAGCUGGUUCGUGCUGAAAUUGAUGCUGCAAACAUGAAGGUUGCUUUGGGAAAAUACGAGGAAGCCAUUGAUAUAUUGAAGAGCGUUGUUCAACAAACUGAGAAGGACAGUGAGAUGAGAGCUAUGGUGUUUAUAUCGAUGUCGAAAGCUUUGGUGAACCAACAAAAGUUUGCUGAUUCAAAGAGAUGUCUGGAGUUCGCUUGCGAAAUCCUCGAGAAGAAAGAAACAGCUUCACCUGUAGAAGUUGCUGAAGCAUACUCUGAGGUAGCGAUGCAGUACGAGUCAAUGAACGAAUUUGAAACCGCUAUUUCGUUACUGCAAAAAACUUUAAGUAUACUAGAGAAGCUUCCUCAAGAACAGCACUCAGAAGGAAGUGUUUCUGCUAGGAUAGGUUGGCUGCUUUUAUUCUCGGGUCGAGUCUCCCAAGCGGUUCCUUACUUGGAAAGUGCAGCCGAGAGGUUAAAAGAAAGCUUUGGUGCUAAACAUUUUGGAGUUGGUUAUGUGUAUAACAAUCUUGGCGCUGCUUAUUUAGAACUCGGAAGACCUCAAUCUGCUGCUCAAAUGUUUGCAGUUGCUAAAGACAUUAUGGAUGUCUCACUUGGUCCAAACCAUGUCGAUUCAAUUGAUGCUUGCCAGAAUCUUUCCAAAGCUUACGCCGGAAUGGGAAAUUAUAGCCUUGCUGUGGAAUUUCAACAGCGAGUGAUCAAUGCAUGGGAUAACCAUGGAGAUAGCGCGAAAGACGAAAUGAAAGAAGCGAAAAGACUUCUUGAGGAUUUGAGAUUGAAGGCUCGAGGGGGAGUUUCAACAAAUAAUCUUCUGAAUAAGGCUUUACCUUUGCCCAAGACAAGCCAUUCAUAGUGAACUCUCAGUACCAAAAGAAAAAAAGAAAAAAAGAAUGGUGAGAUAUAAUUACCACCUUCUGUAUUUUAACAUAUGGUACUAAACUUUUGUUUUGCCACUGAGUUAAGAAAAUUAUUCUCGAUGUCAUGAGUUUAGCUACUUGCCUACUUCCCAUCAUUUAGAUUUCACUCCAAUUCAUAAAGAUGGAUGUUUUCGGUUU